AUGGAAUGGGAACAUAGCGAGAAAGUGAUCCAAAGCCAGUCCCCUAGUGCCAGCUCACCACAGGAGCCCUUACACAAGCUGCGGGUUGCAGCCCGCUCAUCUCGCAAAACCCCAUCAGAUCCUCCCGGGGAGAGGCGGGUGGGGGAUCCGGCCUUUGGAUCCCGAGUUGGAGGCUGCUGCGGACGCAUUUCCUCGAAGUCUUACCUCGAAGGGCUGGGUCCCACCCGCGCGCCCUGUGAGUGCCUUGCGAAUUUCCCCUACACCCUUCUGGCUGGGCCGCCGGGAGGCUUCGCAUGGGAAAGACCAGCGCGGGGUUCGCCCCCCGCUAGUGUCACUGGAAAACCCUGGGAGCCGCCCCGACGCAGCGCGUUUCCCGGAAACCCCCUCUCCAGGCUGGUUGCGGGAAGGCAGGAGCUCCGCAUCCAUACAACCGACACGCCUCCCCGGGGGAGGGUCGGAGACCCAGGCAAGAAGCAAAACGGACAGGGAAAGGAGAGCCCUGAGCUCGAAGGAGACUGGAAAACCCCGCCCCCGCCCCCAAUCUUGAGGCCCAGAAAGGGUCCACCCCGCGCCCACGGCGGAGCCCGCCCCUGGCCCCCCUCCCGACCCCCCAGCCCGUGCGCCGCUGCCCCUUUAAGAAGCCCAGGUAGGCAGGCCCGGCUGCUGGAGCCGCUCCUAUGGCAACCCGCGAGCUGCGGCGGCUUCAUGAAUAUUCCGGGGCGCGGGAGCCCAAGAGCUGCCGGAGGGCGCUCCGGGGGAGGCGGCCGCUGA